GCAGGGGCUACUGCAGUUAUUGUGAGCAGAAGCGGUAGAAAAUCGAUAGCCAAGUGUGUUUUGAAUUGAGAAAUCAAACGAUGAAGAGACGAUUGAAAUAUUUUGAUAUUUUGGCAUUUUUAAUGCUUGUGGACGUUAGAAGUGCGGUUGGUGAAAUGCCCAGUUUUCGGAUAUUAGCGCCGGAGUUCAUCUGUGGACAGCCGAAACCUGAGAAUACUAGCGAUACUGGAAGUGCAGUACCUCAGCAGAUCACCAUCGGCCUGCAGACAAAGGGUGGUCAAAAGCUGCAUUAUAGCGUGACGGUUCAAUUCAGUUUGUUGAAUGGGUUCGUUAGCCAACGGCACACACUGAAUCUGUGGGAAAGUAUUCGUAAACUGGAGAAACGGCUUCAAAAAGAGCGGGAAACGAUCUCGGAUGGUAACCAGAUAAGUAUCCUCAAUGAAGAGUUGGUAUCCGGAGUCAUCUAUACCUUCCAAGUGGUUGGGAUUGAUCGGAAUGGAACUGCCAGCCAGGAGCAAAACUUCACGCUGACCUACCGCGGGAAGAGCUUGCAGGCUACGGUUGUUCAGGACGGUUCAUCGUCGACCGGAGAUGUAUCGCUGCUAUUGUUGGGAUCGGAAGUGAGUUACCCGGAUGUCCCGUUCACAGUAACGGCGAAGGUGAUCUUCUGUAAGGCUAAGAACAACUACAAGUUCAAAUGGACUGUAUCCGGUCCGGAAGACGCCCCCUUAGCUCUGAAUACAAACUCAGAUGUCCUGGAGAUUCCUGCUGGAACGUUAUCUCCAACCGAAAGCUACGAAAUAGGCAUCACGGUUGUAGACUCCAGUGAGGAAAAGCAAAUUGUUGCAGCUAACAUGAAGCUGAACGUACUGACGCGCGCCUUAAAAGGGAACGUAUUGCCGUCGGAUGCAUCCACCGGAUUUGCCCAAACGACUGAAGUGCGAACCAUCUUUAACGACCGAAGUGUAUCCAGCUUGGUCUGGAGCUGUGAAGACACUUCUGGUGACACACGCUGUUCUGAAGAUUUGAUCAUUUCAGAACGCACAGCAUCAAUUUCUUUUAUAAAGGAAUCCAAUUACACCAUAUCUGCCACAGUAGGAGACGUUAACUUGAUUUCAAAUCUACAAGUAAAUGCGAAGUCAACAAUAUCCGUGGUGCUGCAAACGCUGCCACCAAUGUACCUUAUACCUGGUCAACGGUACGAAAUCUUGGUGGACGUACAUGGACUUGUCCCAAAAUGCAUCAGUAACUGGACCGUUGUGAAAGGCGAGGGAUACUCUUACUUUGACACUGCUGCUAUGGGUGGCCUUGGAGGUGUCUUCAUCAACGAUAUCGAGGAGAAUUUUCUCUCUGAACUCGUAGACUACGGGAACGACACCGUGACACGUGAAGUCACACUGAUUCUGCCCGCAAAUGCACCCAACUGGGAAGGACUAGCACCUGACGUGCUCUACAAGUUUAGAUUGGUUACAAAUUGUCCUGAACCGAUCGAUGACAGCGUUGAUUCAAAAGUGUCUCGCGGAACCGUAAUCAGCCACUGGGAUAUGAUCUUGGAAACCAAUGCGCCGCCCAAGGGUCUCCCCUUGGAAGUUACACCCAACGAAAAUGGAACUGCCCUCAGCACGUUCUUCACGUUCGCCACUGGAGUUGCCCAAGAACGAGAAUCGGACUUUCCGCUGUUAUAUUCGUAUUGGUACUCCGCCGAAGGAAACUCGAUUAAUUUUGCUAACUACUACGAAGUUAUGUCUGCGGAAACUCAGCUCCCUUAUUCCAAGGAUGGUAUUUCCACAUUCUACGAAGUAUGUGACUCGCGAAGUGCCUGUUCCCGUGUUGACGGACCUAAAAUUACAUUAAAAGCUAAUCCCUCGUUGACCCCGGCAAACACAGAAUUUCGUAUUGAUGCCGUGGAGAACAACUUCCUUCGUGGUAACCUUCGCGAAGCAACCAAGACAGCGUUCGACACUCUGAUUACCCUGAAAAAUCAAGACGCGAAAAACUUCAACGACGUCUACUCCAAGAUGAUGGCCUUGUUGGAAGACCAAACUCCUAUAGUCAGGAAGGUGUUCGUUGAAAGAUCACGCUAUUUGCCAGAAUCCUCAAUUCUUCAGUUCGUCCAGCAGGUGAAAAUUCUGAUUGACCUGGGACAGAAGGGUUCCAACGACAAUCUACUCGGUGAACUACUUGAGUUAAUCGACUCCGUCGAACGAGGGCCUGCUCGGAAAACACGGGCUACUGAACCUAAUCUGAAAACCACUCUAAUCGGUAAGGCCGAAACCAAACUCGAGUUGUUUGAAAGCCUGAUAAACUCUCCGAAUGGAACGGAAGAAUCCAAGAACAGUAACAAGGCAAAGUUGCUAUACUACAUCCCGACGGCAGUUAGAGAGCUCUGUGAUAAUGACAAGAAGUAUGCCUAUUCGAGCGAUUUGUUCACAAUGGAGGUUAUGAAGGUGAGUUCAAAGGUGAUAAAACCGCUUCAAACGGGUAUUCGCAUACCGGACAACGAGACCAGUCUGCAGCAUGCGGUACUGAAGAGUACAGAUGAACCAAAGAUUGACAACUUACCGGCGAAAGUGCCGUACUAUUGUCUAGGAAAAGUGUGGUACCGAACAGAUCUCCUCACUUCGUAUCCGAUGUUGGGGAUGUACCAGGUAUUUCUGUUGAUGGAUGGAAGUGAAAAGCUCGCUGAAUGGAAGGACGGACAAUAUCUGUGGAACAUUUCUCUACCAGUUGGGAAUUCUGCUGAAGGUUACAAGUGUGAACUAUGGAGUAAGGAGCAAAGGUGGGCAAAUAACCUAUGCGAGAGUUCACCUCAUAUUGGAUUCUUGGAAUGUAACUGUAGUCAGCUGAACUACCUAAGGAUAGUUUCCUCGAUGGGUAAUGAUACCGAGACUAACGUUACCAUAUCUACAACAACGGUGGCUUCAGUUGCAACGGAGACAUCAUCGAUUGCUGAUCAGCCGACGGAAAUUACAACUAGCACUGACAUGUUGACGUUCGCUUCUCUAUCGACAGACGUUACACCAGUUACGUCCCCUGCAAGUACCACAUUAUCAUCUCCUGUGACCGUCCCGAUGACGACCGUCAGUUCAACCACAACCCCAUCUUCUACGAUGACAACUCCAUCUUCCACGAUAACUACCACAACCACUUCAUCUCCAAACGCUACUCAACCUUCUCAACCUACUACUAUCACUAACACCUCCACCAAACCGGUGGAUGCCAUCAGCAACCCCAACACAACUCUGCAGGAAGCGGAACAGCUAAAGGCCAAUGCCACCCGUGGCCACCUGGGUGGAGGUGGUACCGGACCCCUAGGAUAUUCCAUGAUCGGAGCAUUGUUUUUCUUCGCUAUACUGACCGUAGUUGCACUGAUUUUAUACCGCCGGCGACGGCAUACGACGUCCCUGGCCGAAGAACUGCAUGGGAUUGCAAGCCGAGUACGGACCCAAUCGCUGCCGGUUCGAUACGCACGGUUUCAGGAUGAGCAUAACAUGAGUGGGGAUAAUGUUUCCACCAUCUCGGAUACGGUUACGAUUUGA